UCCCCCGGCUCCGGGUGUCUCCGUGACGAGGCAACGCGGAGCCGCCGCGGGCCGGACCCAUCCCGCCGCAGCAGCCCCAGGGCCGAGCAGGAGCGAGGCGCGGAGGGAUCGGCGCCGAGAGGGGGCCGGAGCUCGGCCAGAAUGGUGUUGGAAGGAAACCCUGAAGUGGGCUCCCCCCGAACCUCAGACCUCCAGCACCCGGAGAACCAGGGCUCUUGUGUCCUCUCUUCUCCCAGUGAAGAUACACAGCCAGGGCAGGAGCCCAUCAAGUAUGGUGAACUCAUCGUUCUGGGAUGCUGUGAGGAAGGAGGUGAGGAAACCGAGGCUCAGAGAGGGGAAGUGACUGGCCCAAGGGCACACAGCUGCUACAAUGGGUGUCUGGCAAGUGGGGACAAGGGCCGCCGCCGAAGCCGCCUGGCACUGAGCCGCCGGCCACACGCCAAUGGAGUGAAGCCGGACGUCAUGCACCACAUCUCCACACCGCUUGUGUCCAAGGCACUGAGCAACCGUGGCCAGCACAGCAUCUCGUACACACUGUCCCGGAGCCACUCGGUCAUAGUCGAGUACACACAUGACAGUGACACAGACAUGUUCCAGAUUGGCCGCUCCACGGAGAACAUGAUCGACUUUGUGGUAACAGACACGUCCCCUGGAGGAGGGGCUGCCGAGGGCCCCUCUGCCCAGAGCACCAUCUCCCGCUAUGCCUGCCGCAUCCUCUGUGACCGCCGGCCGCCCUACACCACCCGCAUCUAUGCCGCUGGCUUCGAUGCCUCCAGCAACAUCUUCCUUGGAGAGCGGGCAGCCAAAUGGCGGACCCCUGACGGCCUGAUGGACGGCUUAACCACCAACGGGGUCCUGGUGAUGCACCCAGCAGGCGGCUUCUCUGAGGACUCGGCCCCGGGUGUCUGGCGGGAGAUCUCGGUCUGUGGGAAUGUAUAUACUCUGAGGGACAGCCGCUCGGCACAGCAGCGGGGGAAGCUGGUGGAAAACGAGUCCAACGUGCUGCAGGACGGCUCCCUCAUUGACCUGUGCGGAGCUACGCUGCUGUGGCGCACGCCGGCGGGGCUGCUGCGGGCGCCCACGCUGAAGCAGCUGGAGGCCCAGAGGCAGGAGGCGAAUGCAGCGCGGCCCCAGUGUCCCGUGGGCCUCAGCACCCUCGCCUUCCCUAGCCCGGCCCGUGGCCGCACGGCACCUGACAAGCAGCAGCCCUGGGUCUACGUCCGCUGUGGCCAUGUCCACGGCUACCACGGCUGGGGCUGCCGGCGCGAGCGGGGCCGCCAGGAGCGCGAGUGUCCUCUCUGCCGCCUCGUGGGGCCCUACGUGCCCCUGUGGCUCGGCCAGGAGGCCGGCCUCUGCCUGGACCCCGGGCCGCCCAGCCACGCCUUCGCACCCUGUGGCCACGUCUGCUCUGAGAAGACUGCCCGCUACUGGGCUCAGACGCCACUGCCCCAUGGCACCCACGCUUUCCAUGCUGCUUGUCCCUUUUGCGGGGCCUGGCUCACCGGCGAGCAUGGCUGUGUCCGCCUCAUUUUCCAGGGGCCGCUGGACUAGGCUCCCUGGGGGCCCCCUGCUGCUGCGCCCGCCUGCCCACCCAGGUCCCCCACCUCCUGCAGCCCAGAGGGAGCUCUGCAUGUGGGACUCUACCUGCUGGCACAUCGCCACACCAGAUGGAUGCGUUGGAUGGGUGGUGCCCUUCCGCUCUUAACUCUGGCUCCAAAGGGGGGUCUCUGGGACCCCCUACCUUGGUCAGAAUGAUGGGGCCCUCAGCACCAGCUCUGUCCCAGGCGGAUGGAGGGAGGCUCACCCCCACGCCCUGGCCCUUCCUGGGGCAUCCCACAUCACGCCGCCUACACUGUGCCCCUGGGGGAAUGAAGGGGCCAUGGGCCCCUGACCCCCAGCUUAGGCUGGCUGUGCCCUGAGCCUGCCAACCCAGUUCCAGAUAAUCACCCUGCUGCUGCCCUGGGUUCCUCUAUAAACCUUGCUGCUCAGCUGCC